AAUGGAGCUCACCCUGCUGAAGUUAGCUGGGUUGUCCUGUGUUAUGUAGCCGUCCGCUGUCGUCAUCAGGCGCAGUAGCCUCUUAAUUUAAACAUUUAACACUCUCUGACGGUGUUUAACAUGGGGGUGCUGUGUUUCGCCAGGGGCGCGUUCACGUCGGCCACAAAAUACACCGUCCAGAAUUUGUUCGUAACGUUUCUUUCCGGUGCUGCAGCUCCAGCAGGUGUCCGUGUCAGGCGGUAUUACAGCCAGGAGGAGACCGCCCGGAGAGAUGUCCCCGGACAGUUCGUGUGCUAUCACCUGCCUCACAGGACUGUACUUAAAAUCCAGGGACAGGACACGAGCCCGUUUCUUCAGGGCAUUAUAACCAACGACAUGGAGCUGCUGCAGGAGGCUGCACUCACAGCCAUGUACUCGCAUAUGUUGAACGUGCAGGGGAGGACGCUGUAUGACAUCAUGUUGUACAGUCUGAAAGAAGCAGAUGCAGGACAAGGCGUUUUCCUGGAGUGUGACAGCUCAAUGAAGGACGCACUCUUGAGACAUUUGAAGGUGUACAAGCUCCGCAGAAAGGUCAACAUAAACCCCUGUCCAGAGCUUUCUGUGUGGGCUGUGCUUUCAAAGCAAAAGAUCUCAGGUGAAGAGGCCAGUAAACCUGAGCUCUCCUCCCCGGACAAAGCUCUGGUGUGGGUGACUGAUCCUCGAACUCAGGAAAUGGGUUGGAGAUUGGUGUUGGACAGUCAAAUUGACCCCUUGAACAUCAUUGCAUCAUGUCAGAAAGGUGAUACAGGGGAGUAUCACAGACAUCGCUAUGCAAUAGGACUCCCUGAGGGAGUGAAGGACCUUCCCCCUGGGGUGGCACUACCACUAGAGUCGAAUCUCGUCUACAUGCAGGGCAUCAGCUUCAGCAAGGGCUGUUACAUUGGCCAGGAGCUCACAGCCAGGACUCAUCACACUGGGGUGGUUCGGAAACGCCUAAUGCCAGUACGCUUGUCAGCUCCCGUCCAAGACCUUGAGGAAGGAGCCGCGCUGCAAACGCAGUCGGGCAAGCCAGCUGGGAAGCAUCGCGCAGGGGCUGGAGAAGUGGGACUGAGCCUAAUCCGCAUGGCUCAUGCCAAAGAGACGUUGACACUCAAAUCGUCUGACGAUGCCACAGUGGCACUUGAGGCCUCGGUGCCAGACUGGUGGCCUAAAGACGCAAAGAACUAAAGAGGAGGUUGUUUUAUAGUCCCCUCAAAUGUGACAUACAUCAAAUCUGACAAUGUCUAUAUUACAUUGUCAUUGCUUUACAGCUGUGUGGCACUAAUCCAUAUUUGUAUUUCUUUUUUUGCAAUAAUAUCAAAUGGUCAAAUGGUAUUAUUUAGCACAGAAGUAUAUUUAACUGAUUUAUAAGAGCACUGUACAACAGGAUAUACCAACAGUGAUAUGGUAUUGGUGGUUGUUUAAUAAAUAUGCAAAAAAGCAAUACAAAA